AUGCAGCGGCGUCUGACCUUUAUUGUCAGCCUUGUUGACGUCCGCGCCAGCCUCGAUCAGCGCAUCGACCACAGCCUGAUGGCCUUUCUCAGUAGCCAAAUGCAGCGGCGUCUGACCUUUAUUGUCAGCCUUGUUGACGUCCGCGCCAGCCUCGAUCAGCGCAUCGACCACAGCCUGAUGGCCUUUCUCAGUAGCCAAAUGCAGCGGCGUCAGACUGUCGCGAUUCACUUUGUUAACAUCGGCGCCAGCCUCAAUGAAUGCUCGAACGUCGUACGCACGUCCGACCAUUAUGGCGAGGAAGAAGUCAGCGACAGCGCCGCCGGCCUCGAUCAGCGCCUUGACCACCGCCUCGUGGCCUUCCUGAGCGGCGAUGUACAGCGCCGUCGCGCCGUUGUUGCAUGCCUUGUUGACGUCCGCGCCCGCGUCCACCAACGCCUUGACCACCGCCUCGCGGCCGAAUCUAGCGGCCGAGUACAGCGGCGUCUUGCCGUCGUUGUCUGCCUUGUUGACGUCCGCGCCAGCCUCGAUCAGCGCCUUGACCACUGUCUCGUGGCCCUUCCAAGCGGCUAUGUCCAGCGGCGUCUCGCCAUUAUCCCUCCCCUUGUUCACGUCCGCACCGGCCUCGAUCAGCGCCAAGACCGCUGCCUUGUUGCAAAACUCAACAGCAAUGUACAGCGGCGUCUGACCUGGCCAAAAGCCAGUGUCAGGCGCCAUGUUGACGUCAGCGCCAGCCUCGAUCAGCGCCUUGACCACCGCCACGUUGCCGUCCCGCGCAGCUUCUUGGAGCUCGGCCCCAACGUCGUCAACAUCUCCGUCGUCGCUGUCGUCGUCGCCUUGCGCAUUCUCCGCCCUGAGCUGGGCCAAUCGGCUUUGGCAUUGCUCAAUUACCGUCUCGAGUUCACGUAUGUUCAUACGGAACGUGGGAAGCACAGCCUCCGCGACGAGCGCGCGAUCGACGUCGUCUUCGGUGGACAUGGUUCGGGGAUCCUUUUUUGGAAACCGGGGCCCAGACGCGCGAGAAGUUGCCCGUUGGGGGGGAUGAUCCGAGGUCGUACGAGACGCGCGGGCGGAACUCGAAACGACGAGAGUCGCGCGCGACCGAACCCGAGCGCGGAGUGGCGUGUGCGGGGCGGGGAGGGUUGUGCUCCCCCCGUGUGCUUUGGUGUUUUUUUAUCAUCACGUCCGAGGCUGGCGUCUUUUUCGUGCAUACGAAGGUACGAGAGGUUGCGAAGUAUAUACUAAACAACAGGUAGAGAAGACUGAAAAACUCGCACGAGAGUAUGGCGAGAAAGUCAAACACAACCCGACAAAUGCGAUCGCUAAGACUUUCG